AUGGAGCCCGCCGCUCCCGAUGCAGCUGGUCACUUCUCGCGUUGCGUCUCGCCUUGGAGACAUCCCUGCCCCACGUGGGGGACCACCACUGCCUCGCAGCGUGGUGGUGUCAAGGAUUGCCGACCGUCUCCCCCGCCAGAGCUAACGGAGGAGGAGGACAAAAAGGAUGACGACAGCGAUGGCGAGGACAUCAACGACGACCCAUACAUGGACGGCGAGCGGCCGCUACGCUUUGGCGGUGCCUGUCGGGCAAACCCUGGCCCUGGCCCUGGCGGCGCCAGCGCUGCGCUGUUUGAGUCCAGUGGCCACGUAAUGUGGAUGUGCACGGCCGAUUACACCGCGUUGCUGCUCGGCAUACGGGCUGCCGCCGACCAUGGUGUCACGCGCCUGCGGAUUAAGGGUGACAGCACGCUUGUCAUCCAGCAGGUGCGUGGCAUCUUCGCCACGCGUAACAAGAGUCUCCGGCAACUGCGCAUCGCGGUCAAGGCAGAGCAGGUGCAGAUAGAGCCGGCCACGCUCCAUCCCAUCGACAGGCAGACAAAUGGUCAUGCCGACCGCCUGCCAACGCCGCUCUUGACCGCCGCACGACCACGUUGGAGUGCGGAGUGCACACCGAUGGACGUGGAUGCACCUCCACAUCCACGACCUCCCCUGUACCCGCACCUGAAUCUCCGCCUGCCACGCCGUAUGUCGCGCGGAUCGCGACUGCGCCUUCGCAGGUCGGACGAGGAUGAGCAAGAGGCUGCGUUCAAGUUGGUGGAGCGGCUAGCUGCCAAGAUUAUGGACUCUUAUGACUGGGAGGAGGCAGAAAGCUACAUCACAGCCCUCCCUUAUGCACUGUACGAUCAACCGCUGACUUAA